AUGGACAAGACGACGAAGCCCUUGAAACAUUGGCGACGUUUCGCAUACGUGGCAAGUGUGACACAAACGGAUGCGAUUGCGUGCGUACCAAGACUUGAUCUUCUUCAUGGAGGAUUCACGCGUGACAUCCAGCGAAUCGUUUUGACAGUCACCGGUCCUAGUGCACAGGUGGCGACGGAGGUGCUUCCUUAA